GUCUUUAAAAUGUUUCCCCCCAUAGAACUUUGGCAUAUAUACUACUACUACUACAGUGCUACCGGUGCCUCGGCGAGUAGCAACCGGGGAAAGAAAGCAAACUUGCAAAACUAGAGUAGGCGUCUCCUCUCCUCUGCUCUGUCUUCUUCCUCGUUUUGAGGCCAAGCCAUUAAACCAAGAAACCCAACCAAAGACCGGCCAAGCAAGCUACUCCCACAUGCUACAGGACAUGAAGGGGAGGGUGGGCAUUGCGGUGGCAGGUGGCCAUGAAGCCGGCCGCGGCCUGUUCAGACCAGAUGUUUCCAUGGCGGAGCGGGAGCCGCAAGAAGCAGCCAAGGUGGAGUACCGCUCCUCUCCCUCCUCGCCGUCGACGUCCCCUACGCCCUCCCCGCCGCAGGCCGCGGCUGGCCAGGGAGGAGGGUACGCGGCCGCGACGCCGCACGCAUGGAGCUUAGGCGGCGAGCAGAAAAAGCCGAGCGAGGCCAGCGCGGGGGACAACGGCAACGUCAUGCAGAUUGCGGGUGACGGCGAGCAGAUGGCCGGCUUGAGCUCCGGGCGGCGCAGGGGCCGGCCACGCGGCUCCGGGAGACGACAGAUCCUAGCCACCCUAGGGGAAUGGUAUGCGCUUUCAGCUGGAGGGAGCUUCACGCCGCAUGUCAUAAUCGUCCCUGCUAGAGAGGAUGUGGCGGCGCGCAUAAUGUCAUUCUCCCAGAGGGGUCCACGCUCGGUCUGCAUCCUCGCUGCUAGUGGGACCAUCUCCAAUGUGGCAUUCAACAAGCCAGGCUCAUCUGGCUCAUCUGAUAGCACCUUCACCUACGAGGGCCUGUUUGAGAUUCUUCAGCUGACUGGCUCCUUUACAAUGGCCGAGGAAGGUGGCCGGAAGAGGACCGGUGGGCUCAGUGUCUCACUUGCUGGCCCCGAUGGUCGUGUCAUUGGCGGAGUAGUCGCCGGUGUGCUGCGUGCUGCCACUCCUAUCCAGGUGAUUGUGGGUAGCUUCCUACCAAACAGUCUGAAGCAGCAUCAGAGGAGGAUGGGCCUGCAGCCGCCACCAUCUGCCGUUCCAGCGCUGCCGCUGCCGGAAGCUGACGCCCCUCCUCCGGUGCUCACAGCUGCAAUGCCCAUCUCUCAGGCGGCUCCUGGCAAUGGUCGCCAUGGGCCUCCGGUGCCCAUGGCACCCCUGCAAGUCCAUGCCAAUGUGGAGCACACUGCAACCACCGGCCCCAUGAACCUGAACUCAAGCUCCACCGGCUUCACCAUGGUCGGCUGGCCUGUUAGCGCACAACCCAUGGGUCACAGGCCGUCCCCUGAUAUCAACCUCUGCUUGACUCCCCAGGAGUAGAAUUGGCUGCCGUUUUGUUUUGGUCUCCUCAUCCCUGACCCAUUGUGCAGGGCAUUGACUGGGUUCUAUCCUAAUCAGCUAGAUCAGCAGUCCAGUUGGUGGAGAAGCUAAGGCUAGAGUCAGGACAAUUUAGCCCUAAUAUGAUAGAGUGAUAGGUGAUGCUCUUACUUGAUCCUUAAUUAGGACAGACUUUUCAAUUUGUUCUGGGCUCUUCAUUGUGAUUUUUGCCAUUGCUGUAACGGUUACUUGUACUUCAUCUGUAAACUAAUAUAAGAGCAUUUAGAAUACUAAAAUAGUAAGCUAAACGCUUUUAUAUUAGUUUACGGAGGGAAUAGUACUUUAAUCGGUGGUUACCUUCUAAGUUCAUGUUUGAACCUAGUCUAUGGCCUGUUUCCGGAGUCACUGCAUUCUGUUGUCGUGUGUUACUUUCGAGUAAUGCAAUUUCCAUAAAUUUUGAA